AUGGUCCGUAAGACUCGUGCUCAGCAAUACGCUGAUAACGAUGACGACGACAUCCCCGCUACUCGACAAUCUAUCAUCGACCUCCAGUCACAAAUCACUCAUCUUGUUGAUGCUGUUGCCGCUUUGACAACUCAACAAAACGCCGCUGCUCAACGUCACCAUCGCAAUGACCAAGUCUCGCUACACAACGAUUCCGAUGAUGACAACAAUAACCCCUUCGCUCCGCUAAGACAACAACGACCUCGCCGUCGCAACCACAACGCGUAUGAAUCAGAUUCCGACAAUGAACAUGAUGAUUCUUCAUGGAAAAAAGCUUUUAAGCUUGAGAUACCCGAGUUCAAAGGCUCCAUCGUCGCAGAAGAUUUAUUGGAUUGGCUUGUGACAGUUGAUGAGAUACUCGAAUUCAAAGAUAUUCCACUCGACCGCUGUGUUCCCAUGAUUGCAACACGGUUUCGCGACCGCGCUGCUGCUUGGUGGGCUCAAACCAAGACGACUCGCGCACGGUUAGGGAAAACAAAGAUCACCACUUGGGAAAAAUUGAAACGUGAGAUGAAAAAGAACUUCUUACCUUAUAAUUACGAGCAAUUGAUGUUCCAAAAACUACAGAAUCUACACCAAGGAUCACGAAGUGUUGAUGACUAUGCCACUGAAUUCUUUAAGAUGAUCAAUCGCGUCGAAAUCCAAGAUUCUAAACAACAACUCGUCAUGAGGUUCGUGGGCGGCCUUCGACAACAGAUUCAAUUUACACUUAACCUCUUCUGUCCUCAGACCAUAUCCGAAGCACACCAACAAGCAUUAACCGUAGAAGCACAAAAUCGCAAUGGAUACACACCAUGGGAGCUCGGUCAUCGACAAUCCGCAUGUCCAAACCGUAACCGUCGCGGUCUACUUCUCGAUUCUACGGGUCGUGACGUUGAAGUGAUCUAUGAUGACAGCGCUGAUGAAGCCAUAGAAGAAUUAGACGCAGACGAAGGAACUCUCCUAAUGAUGCGUCGUACUUGCCUCACACCAAAGAUCGAAGACGAAUUCCCGCAACGCAAAAACAUAUUUUCUUCCCGAUGCACGAUUAAGGGCAAGGUCUGCACAUUCAUUAUUGAUUCAGGCAGCAGUGAGAAUGUCAUUGCCGAGUCGACAGUUCCCAAACUUGAUCUCGUAAUCGAGCCACAUCCAUCACCGUACAAGCUUGGUUGGUUACACCAUGGUAACGAACUCACUGUUACCCAUAGAACCUUGGUUGAAUUUUCAGUGGGUGAUGCGUACAAGGAUCAAAUCUAUUGUGACCUGGUCCCAAUGGAUGCUUGCCACCUUUUACUGAGAAGACCAUGGGAGUUUGACCGCCGUGUUAUACAUGAUGGUUAUCUUAAUACAUAUACAUUCAAAUUCAAUGGUCGAACCUUCACACUCAAGCCAACGGUUCAAACAAUACGCGAAGCUCCAUCACCACCAUCGCAAGCGCUUUCGUCAUCAACACAGGCUCCGGUUCUGAUGUUACAACGUUCACCAUUCGAAAACACUUUGCGGGAAGAAGGGAUAGUCUUCAUACUCAUCACCAAACCAACGAACAAUGAUCGUUUUCACGCUGUACCACCAGCCUUUGCUAACAUUGUCCUUGAGUUUGCUGACGUCUUUCCAGAAGAUCUUUCGACCGGACUACCGCCGCUUCGUGAUAUUCAACAUCUCAUUGACUUCAUCCCUGAUUCAUCUUUACCUAACCGGUCGCAUUACAGGAUGAGCCCAAGCGAGCAUGAGGAGUUACGCCGGCAUGUCGAAGAACUCGUGUCCAAAGGUUUUCUUCCUGAGAGUCUCAGCCCUUGCCCCGUUCCUGCGCUACUUAUACCUAAGAAGGACGGCUCUUGGCGUAUGUGCGUUGAUAGCAGAGCAAUAAAUAAAAUCACCAUUCGUUAUUGCUUUCCGAUUCUACGUUUAGAUGAUUUACUUGACCAGAUUGGCACAGCUACAAUUUUUACCAAGCUGGAUCUGAAAAGCGGCUAUCAUCAUAUUCGUAUCAAUCCCGGGGAUGAGUGGAAAACGGCGUUUAAAACUCAAGAAGGGCUUUUUGAGUGGCUUGUCAUGCCUUUCGGGUUAUCUAAUGCUCCUAGUACAUUCAUGUAA